UUUUUCCGUUUCCUGGAUGACACAACCCCGUUUGACUUUGAUGACGCAGUAAAGUCCAAUAAUCCCACGAUAGACAAAACGCUGUCGUUCCAAGGGGGGUAAGAAAAUAGAAACCGGUCAGAUAGGUUCACUUUCCGAACGCCAAUGCGCAUCCACGCUAUCUGAAUCGUGAACCAUGGGAGAACCACCUUCAGCCAAUGACGGCGUAAAGAGGUUUCCGAUGGCGGCGCAACCUGAGAUUAUGAGAGCUGCCGAGAAAGAUGAUCAGUAUGCUUCCUUUGUAUAUGAAGCUUGCCGUGAUGCUUUUCGUCACCUCUUCGGUACGAGAGUUGCUGUAGCUUACCAGAAUGAGGCAAAACUCUUAGGGCAAAUGCUCUAUUAUAUGCUGACAACAGGUGCAGGGAAGCAAACAUUAGGAGAAGAAUAUUGUGACAUCACUCAGGUUGCAGGACCAUACGGACUUUCCCCAACACCUGCAAGACGUGCUCUUUUUAUUUUCUAUCAGUCAGCUGUUCCAUACAUUGCAGAAAGAGUCAGCUCUAGAGUAGCUUCCCGUGGCAUUACCCUGGCUGAUUCGAUGGCCGACUAUCCAUUUGGGGAUGUUCCUACUUCAAGCAACGAAGCUGAGGCAUCACCGACCGUUGAGAUACAGUCAUCUUCAACAUCCACUCCAUCAAUUUCAGCUCUUUCAAGAUUGAAAGCCAAGAUAAGGAAUUUCUGGUUGUAUGCAGUUCGAAGGUGGCCGUCGGUGCUUCCUCUUGCUCGUGAGAUCGUACAAUUGUUUAUCCGGACCAAUCUCAUGUUCUUCUAUUUUGAAGGACUUUAUUAUCAUAUAUCAAAGCGUGCUGCGGGCAUUCACUAUGUGUUCAUUGGCAAACCUAUGAACCAACGACCUAGAUAUCAAAUACUAGGGGUCUUCCUUCUAAUUCAAUUAUGUAUUCUUGCUGCUGAAGGUCUGAGGCGUAGUAAUUUAUCAUCCAUUUCAGCUUCUGCUCAACAAGCACCCUUUGGAACCUAUCAAACUUCCGCAGGCCGAGGUUUACCUCUUUUAAAUGAGGAAGGUAAUCUAAUAACUGCUGAAACUGAGAAGUAUGGAUUGGUUGCUGAAUCCACAUCAACCUCAGAGUCUCAAGGAAGCAGUCCAAGCAAAUGCACCCUUUGCCUAAGCAGCCGGCAACAUCCAACAGCCACACCUUGUGGUCACGUAUUUUGCUGGAACUGCAUAAUGGAAUGGUGCAAUGAGAAGCCUGAAUGCCCUCUUUGCCGUUCUCCCGUAACACAUUCAAGCUUAGUUUGUCUGUAUCAUUCAGAUUUUUAGUCAUGGAUAGGUCAGAUAUUGCAAAAAGAUGACUGAAAAUAAAUCGUGAAGGCCAGGUCUGUUCUAAAUGUGUCAGAAAAGAUUCAGUGGUUCGGUUGUGUACUUCAUGAUGAAAUGCAAGAUCCUCUUUUCUUUUC